CAACUUACCACUCAAGCUAACUUACCACAGAUUCCCUCAAUCCACGGCCACCGCCACCUCUACUUAAACUAACACUUGAGCGAUCGCUUCUUCACCAAUCGGAAAAAAUGGUUUCAAGUCACUUGCUUCUUGAAGAGCCUAUACGGAUGGCUUCAAUCCUCGAGCCAUCAAAGCCUAAUUUCUUUCCUGCGAUGACGAAGAUAGUAGGGACGCUCGGGCCGAAAUCGCGAUCCGUUGAAAUUAUUUCAAGAUGCCUUGAAGCUGGAAUGUCUGUGGCAAGGUUUGAUUUUUCGUGGGGUGAUGCUGAAUUUCACCAAGAGACUUUAGAGAAUUUGAAAGGGUGCAUCAAGAGCACAAAAAAGCUCUGUGCGGUUAUGCUGGACACUGUGGGUCCAGAGCUACAAGUUAUCAACAAAACUGAACAUCCUAUUUCACUUCAGGCGGAUUCCCUUGUUGUUCUAACUCCUGAUCUGGACAAAGAAGCCACUUCAAACUUGCUUCCCAUUAAUUUUGGUGGGUUAUCAAAGGCAGUAAAGCCGGGAGAUACUAUUUUCAUUGGUCAAUACUUGUUCUCAGGAAGUGAAACAACUUCUGUAUGGCUGGAGGUAACUGAGGUGAAAGAGGAGGAUGUGGUUUGUAUGAUUAAGAAUUCUGCCACCUUGGCUGUGUCAUUGUACACGCUACAUGUGUCUCAGAUUCGCAUUGAUCUUCCUACUCUCACUGAUAAAGAUAAGGAGGUUAUAAGCACUUGGGGAGUUCGGAACAACAUAGACUUCCUCUCACUUUCAUAUACACGACAUGCAGAGGAUGUUAGACAUGCUCGUGAGUUUCUUUCUAACUUGGGUGACCUCAGUCAAACCCAGAUUUUUGCGAAGAUCGAAAAUGUAGAGGGGUUGACCCAUUUUGAUGAGAUCCUCCAAGAAGCAGAUGGCAUCAUCCUCUCUCGUGGAAAUCUAGGGAUAGAUCUCCCCCCAGAGAAGGUAUUUUUAUUUCAAAAGGCAGCUGUUUACAAGUGCAAUAUGGCUGGGAAGCCUGCUGUGGUCACUCGUGUGGUAGACAGUAUGACUGAUAACUUGCGACCCACUCGUGCUGAGGCAACUGAUGUAGCCAAUGCUAUCUUGGAUGGCAGUGAUGCCGUUCUUUUAGGUGCAGAGACCCUCCGUGGAUUAUACCCUGUUGAUACCAUUUCAGUUGUUGGUAAAAUUUGUGCUGAGGCAGAAAAGGUUUAUAAUCAGGAUCUCUACUUCAAGAAGACUGUUAAAUAUGUGGGCGAACCUAUGACACACUUAGAAUCAAUUGCUUCCUCAGCUGUACGAGCUGCCAUCAAGGUGAAGGCAUCUGUAAUUAUCUGCUUUACGUCAUCGGGAAGAGCUGCAAGAUUAAUAGCCAAGUACAGGCCUACAAUGCCUGUAUUAUCUGUUGUCAUUCCUCGCCUAAAGACAAACCAACUCCGCUGGACCUUUAGCGGUGCUUUUGAGGCAAGGCAAUCUCUUAUAGUCCGAGGCCUUUUCCCAAUGCUUGCAGAUCCUCGACAUCCUGCUGAGCCUACAAAUGCAACAAAUGAGUCAGUAUUGAAGGUAGCUUUGGAUCAUGGCAAGGCAUCCGGUAUUAUAAAACCACAUGAUCGAGUUGUUGUUUGCCAGAAAGUUGGUGAUGCAUCCGUCGUGAAAAUCAUUGAACUUGAAGACUAGACAUACCAAUUCCACGUGCCGUAUGUUGUUCGUUCAGAAAACCUUAGUACUCAAGUCUCUUGAAACCGCUCUCUACAACGAACUCAUUAGGUGACAUGAGUUGUUGUGUACCAUGUUUCUUGUACGUAUAUCAGGACAGUAAUAUGCUUUGUACCUCUGAAGUAUUAUUCGUCUUUUCUUUGUAAUGAAUCCAGUCGUAUCGUGUGUUAAUCUAAGAGCACAGGAAUGCGGUGUGCACUUCCAACUUUAUAAUAAAAAGUCACCUAUCCCUUAGUGGAGAAUAUGGCAUUUUCUUAA